AUGCGGGGAUUCUUUGCUUUUGCAAAAUAAUUCGUUAGCUUUUCAACUGUUCAAACUUAAUAAAUUAAGAUUGCAAUUAGAUUGUAAAAUACAAUAGCUAAAUUUUUAGAGUUAAUUAAUCUGUAAAUAGCUAAUUUAGAUUAUGCUCAACAUUGACUGCCUUAAGAUUAAACAAUUUAUAUGGACUGCAUUAAUCAUCCACUCUUGCUGAUUCUGAUGGAGGUAAAAGUAUGUUUAAAUUUAGAACUUGUAUUAGAUGCUGCUAUAUAACAGUUAUUAUCGUUGUCUCUUAAGGCCGAACUGAAUAAAAUACAUAAUUCCUGAUAUUUUUAUAUUAAUAUAAUCCAUGAAUAUUGUGGUGUAAUCA